AUGGGCGGCACAACCGGCGAACAGGCUACUGAUGCCAGCGGCUCCCAACCAGAGGAACAACAGUCCAAUUGCCUACUUACAGAAUCUCAAGGUGCUGCUAGUGACUUUGCGGAUCUCCAUGGUGACGUAGCUAACCUAGGGGGCAGCGAACCCGUGCUGGAUUCUGUGGAAGUGGAGAGCUCAGUUACAUCGGAGGACGAUGAGGAUACGAAUAGUGAUUCCAGCGAAACCACAACAGGAGACGCGUCACACAUAUCUAACGUGAUCACGUCAGCAGAGACCACUUGGUGCGUUCACCAGGAAGCCAGCAAGGCGGACGCUGACCCAGUGGUUUCCUUCUUCGCCCAACUCAUCAGCUCGCAUUCUCUUGAGAAAGCAACAACUGCAGAAGUUGCCGAGCCCCCUGCUGUUUCUUUGGGAAGCAGCUCGUCCACACUAAAGGUUGGUCCCACGACAAAGCUCAGCACGGAGCGUAGCUCCCUGGAUGCAUCUACAUGUGGCCGCCCACCUGAUGAGAAAUCCUCAGGUAGGGUUUUAGAGGCGCAGAAGCUCCGUGGAAACGGAUUGGCGGUGGACAGCGGCACACUCCAGUUCAAAAGGGCGGAAAGUGCUUGCGUGGCUGACGGCUGCAUUGAUACGCAGUUAAGGGAACACGUCGCUGCUUCUCUAAAACGUGCUAACUUCCCUCACAUCCUCGGCAGCAUACGGUCAGCAAUCCUAGACAACCCGCAGGUUUUUGGUUUUUCCAGUUCGGAGGGGACAACAGAGGGCGGUGAUGAAAGGAAACAGCAUGCCUCAGUUUCUGCUAAUUGUCGGCAACCAGCAAAGAAGCAUGGGUUCAUCGCGCAGUUGGGGGCAGACUUGGGGGAGUCGUUACUGCCCCCAGCCAUUCCUGUCGACCGCGAGUUCUGCAGAGUCAAUCCGCGCCUUGCCGUGUCUUGGCUUGCGCAAACGCGACUUAACGAGAUGCUUGAAGGGGGCCUGCCAGAGCAGCGUGCUCUGGGGACACAACGACCCGACAGACAUACGCAAGCACAGCUAGCCUGUCUGGUGGCCCCAGAAAGCCUGAUGUGUCAGCCUCAUGCUAUGGAAGCUGCUACACGUUCCAUGCCAAACCCCGCGAGAGGUGCAUUAAAGAAAGUGAUUGAUAAUAUCACGGGCAACCUCGAUGUGGAAAAUGCAGAAGCCCUUGCAGAUCUCUUGCACUCAUGGUAUUACUCUGGCUUCUUUGCCGGCCAACUUGAGGGUGUACGGAACGCUUGGUGA